GUUCCCGGCUGCCUUAGCGGCCGGCUCAUGGCGGCGGCGCGGUGACGGGUGAGCAGAGGGCGGUGGGCCCCGACCGGCACACCCCGUCCGGGGAGCCCGCUCUGCGUCCCGAGGGUGUGGGGGAGGAAGACAUAGGGAGAAGAAAAUAGAGAUAAGCCAUGCAGCAGCAACAGGAAUGCCACAGGAACAAGAAGCUGAAACUCCGAGUCCUGCUGAAUCAGCUUGAAGUUGUUAAUUCUACAGGUGAUUCUGCUUGUAUGCUAUGCUGAUCCAUGCACAGGUAAGUUGCAACUUACCUCAUGUUACAAAUUACAUUUUUUAGAAGGUGAACAAAAUUACUAUUGCUGUUUCCAUUUUUGCCAGCAGAUACAGCAGUAAGAAUAUAGCACUUAAAAAAGCUUUUUUAAUUAUUAUUAUUUGUUUUUUUUCUUUUUCCCAGUUUGAGAAGUACCAGCAAACAGGCAUGGCCAGCUAGAGUUGGUAGUGAAAAAUGAUAUACUACUGAAAUCCAGGAAGUGCUUAUAUUUGUCUUCUGGAUCUCGUGGGAAAUCAAUGUUACUGGACUAUGAAUGCAGGUCUUUCAGUGCCCUUAAUUUCACAGAAUUGUAGAGUGACUGAGGUUGGCAGGGACCUCUGGGUCCGUCUGGUCCAACCUCUGCUUAAAUAGGGACACCCAAAGCAGAGUGCUCAAGAGCAGGUCCAAGCAGCUGCAGGGAGGGGACUACAACCACUCUGGACAGCCCAUGCCUGUGCUCCAUCUCCCAUACAGCAUAGAAGUGCUUCCUGAUGUUCAGAGAAUCUCCUGUGCUCUGAUUUGUGCUCACUGCUCCUUGUCCUAGAGCCGGGCACCACUGACAAGAGCCUAUCCCCAUCCUUCAACAUUCCCUUCAUAUAUUUAUAGGCAGUGAUGAGAUUCCCCCUGAGCCUUCUGUUCUCUAGGCUGAGAAGUCCCAGCUCUUCCAGCCUUUCCUCAUAGGAGAGCUAUUUCAGUCCCUUCAUCUUCAUAGUCCUUUAUUGGAUAGUCUCCAGUAUGUCCAUCCCGGACUGUACUGGGGAGUCCAGAACUGGACCCAGUACUCCAGGAUCUUAACCAGUUCUGAGUAAACCACGUGUGACCACAUGCUGGUCACAUUCCUCCUAAUGCAGCCCAGCAUAAUUUUAGCCUUUUGGGCAUCAACAACACACUAGGAAUCUUAGGGAAGAUGAUUUCAAAGGCCUUCCUGAAGUCCUGGUAGGCAAUGUCCACUGCUCUCUCCUUGUUUACCAUGCCACUUCACCAUACAAGUCAAUUAAGUUGGUCAAGCAUACUUUCCCUUGGCGGCAUCAUGCUGAAUGCUGCUGAUGAUUUUCUUGUUGCUCAUAUGCCUGCAGCUCUUUUUCUAGAAUUUGCUGCUCCAGAAUCUUAGAUAUAAAUGAAAAUUCUCUAAAGAAUUUUGGAAAAGAAUAAGAGCAUCCAUACAGCUGAGGGCUGCUUACAGAUCUAUCUGGUGUUGAUAACAUUGUCCUGACUGUAAUCUUCCUCCUUUCUGUAAUAAAUCAGGAGAUGCUUACGAUUGCAGAGAACCAAUCAUGUUGAUUACAAGCACCCUCUGUUCCAAUAACUGCAGUAUUGUGUGAUAAUGAUUGGACUCUGGGAGAAUUCAUACCUUUAAGUGAUGAGACACUUGUCCUUAGAAGAGGAAUAGCGAUUUGAUUGCAUUAGCACUGCACUCAGUUUGUUAAUUUCCUGCCAGCAGAGAAAUGAGAAUAUACAGUCUCUUAGGAACUGCUACUUUGAAAACUCUCCUGUUUCUUCAGGUUCUGUUUGGCUGUCUACGUUUUUUCAUCUGUAUUUGCAUGUAGGAGGAGACCCUUCAGGAGUCACAGGCACCACGAUGACUUGUUGUACCACUGCUUCUACUUCCACCCACUGGCCAACCUCCAGCUCCUGUUUGGUGUCAGUCAGUGUCUGAGCUGGGGCUUUUCCCCUGUGCUAGAGGAAAGAAUUGAGCUUUUGUGAAAUGUUGGCUCUGUCAUCCAGGAGAUUUGGCUUUCUGCUGCGCUGAGCUGUGGAAGAGAGGGUUUUUCAGAGAUGACUUUGAGAAUAACGCUGAGCUUCAGAAUUUUGUGUGUCCUACAGGCAAGACUUCCAUUAAAUGACUUCUCUCUUGCCCUCUGAUGUUUUUCACUCAGAGGGUGGUGACACACUGGAACAAGUUGCCCAAGGAUGUUGUGCAUGCUCUAACCCUGGAGGCAUUCAAGGCCAGGCUGGAUGUGGCUCUGGGCAGCCUGGUCUGGUGGUUGGUGACCCUGCACAUAGUAGGGGAGUUGAAACCAGAUGAUCAUUGUGGUCCUUUUCAACCCAGGCUGUUCUGUGAUUCUAUCAAGACUUCAUUCUAGUUGCGUGGAAGUUAAAGAGCAAUCACAGAACCUUUCACAUCCAACCAGUUUGGGUUAUGUGCAUGGUCGUUAUUUUUCUCACUGCUUCAGGGCCUGCCCUCUGUGAUUCACAGGCUGCCCUCUCCUUGGAAAACUUCCAUGAACCUUCAGAAAUGGGAGGGCUUUGAGAUGAGUUACUGGGCUAAAACCAUCAAUAGGAAGGCACUGAUGAGCAGCAGGUACUGAGUGUUCAACCUCAUGCAUAAACUGGUCUUACUGCUUACUCCUAGGUGUAUUUCACCCAUUUUCUUACGUUGAAAAUAAUGUUUGCACUAUUCUGGUCACUUCAGCAGCCAGCUUUAUGUCACCAGCAUACUUCCCUAAAGACUGAGAUUUUGGUUCUAGCUCAACAUAUGGACCUCAGAACGAAGAGGUGACGUGAUUGAUCUCUCUCCCCCCACCUCACAGCAUGUUGCUGUAAGUAGAAAGUAGACACAACACAUAAGAAGAUCAGACUGACCCUUGUAGCUGGACCAAAAAACAAAACAAAAAAAACAACCCACAAAAACAGUCUGCAGAAUAUUGUUUGCACAGCACCACUAACUAACCACUGAUCACUGGUUGUUACAGGACUUCUGCACAGCCCAGCUGAAGAUGGGCAGGCAGCUCCUGGAAGGACACACGAUGCCCUUUCUUCUUCUGAAUGUUGGCUUGCUGUGGGGCUCUGGAGAAAUAACUGAGCUGAGGAGGGGGACAGCGCUGGUGCUUAGAUCUCUAAGGUGUGAUCUCCUGCCUCUAUCCGAGACAGCUCAGGAAUCCAUAUGGUCCUGCCAAGGCAAAGGUCUUCAGCUCCUCACAGAUCUCUCCUCCUCUUGCUGCGGGCAGAAAGCUGGGUAGUGUUUUUGGACUUUGCUGCUUCAAACUUGUAAAACUUGUAUAGCAACUGUGAACUAAAACUCAAAUGAUACUCUAGCAAAACAAGCCUAUGCUCCUCCAGCACCUGCUCGUCUUGCAAGGAUGGGAAGGGAAAAUGGAUGGGUUUUGAGUUGUUUGAGGCACUUCAGGAGAACGCUGGGGUUAUGCAAUUGUAGUGGUGCACUGUCCUCACUGGAAGAAGAUAUGAGUUGGAACACUUCCCAGUGACUCCUCUUCCCUCUUUGUGUAUCUGUGAGGCAUAUAAAGUCCUUGAUAGGGAAGUAACUUUAUGGAAAUGAACUGCACUCAAAGCAAGAUUUAGGUAUUUGCUUCAAACAUAAACAUAAAGAACAGCAUGCAGCCCAGCUCCCUACAGUGCACCAGUUAAAACUCUGCACGUUGUACCAUAUAGCACAGCACGGCUGGCUUUGCAAAUGAGGUCCCCAGAGCAUCACAUUCACCUGCAAAGGCUCAGCUCUUCAGAGGAAGUCAGGAACUAAGGAUUAAUAAGGAGGAAAAAAAAAAAAAAAGUCCUGAAAAUAUGGCCAUCUAUCACAGUGCUACUCGGGUAUUUUCUUCCUCACUUUGCUUUGACAAAGUGUUUUGCUUAGUUUUAUUUCUAUGAAACAGGUUGCUUUAUUUGUGAACAAAGCCUUGAUGGUCUUUGUUUUUCCUCCAGUGCUUUUUCAGGCAAAGCUCAAGAAACAUUAAAUAAAAACACGAAACUGAGGAGCAGCUGAUGGACUGUGGCUCUGGACCCAGAAUAAUUAAGACUGAGGCUGUUAUCACUUCUUUUUGUAUUAUGAACAUUGUGAUGUUAGCGUUGAUAAAAUCAAUGCAUACAUCUUUAAAAAAAGUAUCAGAAAGAAAAAACAGAGCCUGGAUUCACCUUUCAGGGGGACUCGGUGAGAAGGAAAUGAUUGUUUGUCACUCUGGAUGCAUCAGAAGAAGGAUGUAGGUGGUUCUCUCAGAGUGACACUCUCCCUUCAGUGCUGGGGAGGAGUGUUGUAGCAGUUCAAAGCCAUGGAAAUCAAUGGAAAUGUCCCUGGAGAAGCGAGACUGGGUUUGCAUGGAAAGAGCAUGGACACAUUUAGGAACCUGCUCGAGCAGGCAUCUGCAGGAAAGCCACUAAGUGCACAAGCCUCUUUGCAAAGUGGAUCCUUGUGUCUGAUUCUCAGCAUGAAAUGACUGCAUGGCUCCAGCCCAAGAACAGCACUGACAUCUCCGGCUUGCAGACAGUUUCUGUGCAUCAUCUUGCCAUGCUGCUGAUGGGAAAGGCAGGUCAAUUCAGUAGUGAUUUCCUGGCUGGGCAAUCACUGAUAGAAAUAUUCAUUCCUCCAUGUAUAUGUUAAUAUGUCUGCACUUCCCUUAGGUAUGUGCAGGAAUGCUGAGCAUCUUAGUGUGGCAGAGCACCCCCUCUCCCAUGCCCCUUGAAAUGUGCAGAUAUUGAUGAAAAUGAGCAGUUUUGGUUUUUAGCUGGAGUUUGUCAGGAAUCUGGGCUGUAUCUCCACCCUGUUUUCUGUGCAAAUACUGCCUACCUGGCUGCAGCCAGCAUCUCAGCCAAACACGGGCUUAAAACCUAGUAUAAAGGUAAAAGAACUCUUCACUGAAUUAAUUCUAACUAAACAACUCCACCAACGUUUCAAUAGCAAUUAAAUCAUGCUUUUGUUUUCUUUGGAGACAGCUUCCUGCAGGCCACGGCUGGGAAAGGUGCUGGCAAAUGCCACUUCUGUUGGUGCCUCUCCCAGCAUGGAAGCCUUGGGAAGAUCUCAAGAAUCCAUCUACACCAUCCUUCAGCCCCAAGGCAGGAUAAGCGCUGGCUUAGGACCACUCCCAGCAUGUUUGCCCAACCUGUUCCUAAAAGCCUGAGUGAUGCCAAGCUGCCUUCUCUGCCCAUGCAGUCUGGUGUUUGUGCUCGACCAAGAGAAGAGCCAUCCUUGCUUCCCCAACCCAAACCAUAUGUUGUUUUGAUUCCAUCUAAAUCUCAUCUUGAAAUCAUCUUCCAGAUUUUUUUUUUUAAUAAUCUCAAUGUUAUGUCAUUCGUCUGUUGACUUAUUGGGUGAGGGAUGAAAAUCCUAGUGUAUCAGACUAUGUUUGGAAACUUUCCUGUUUAUUUAAACUGCUUGGCACCACGUAGAUGCCUGAGGUGCUUUCUGUGGGCGAAAAACAGUAGGAUGUAAUAUAGAGAAUGAGGCAACAAGAUGCUUUGACUCCUACGAUGGCCUUGGCUGAAGCUUGCAAUUUGCUUUCUAGAGAUUGCCCACAAGGAAAACAUGGAAAAGCACAAUAGACACAUGGAGACACGGUUCUGUCCAGGAGCCUUCUGGCCCGACGCACAGAGCAACUGGAGCAAAUCCCAAUUACCAACCAGGUGUUUUACUUAUUUGCCACCCCCUUUGCACCACUCCAAGUAAAGCCUCUUUGCCUCUCUGAUGGAAGCAAGAUCCUCCCAGGGACCUUAACCACCAGCCUCUAAUAUAGAUCCUGAUCACCUUUGAGAUGUUCCUACUGAAAUUUUUUUGGAGCAUCCAAGAAACAUCAAGGUUGCAGAACAAAAACAACUGAGGAUUUAUGCACUUUUUAGACUAUGCAAGCAUGAGCAGGAUAUUAUGGACAAAAGAUCUGGACGUAAGCAUCCAAACAUGGAUUUUGAUGAACAUGAUGCCCAAGUUCAUCAUUGGGUCUAAACCUGAUUGUACCACAUUUUGGGGUUAUUCUUCCAGGAAUGAACUGAUAAUCAGCAUUUAUCCCAAGAAAUACAGCUACAGAAGUCUCUGUGUUUUCCAGAGAUCAUCAGUUCAAGGAACAACACUCAUUUCAGCAGAGUACAGCGUUGAUGUUGAGUCAAGCUCCCAGUCUUGCUAGGGAUGGAUCAGCAGAGCUGCUACACGGUAAACAGUGGAAAUAAAUCCAACAAAUGGAGGGAAAAAAAAGCUUUACUGUAGAAAAUGACUGCUUCUGCUAGAAAAUCCCAUGGAAGACAGGUUGCUGUCAUGGCACCCCAGCCUUUGGCAUGGCUGGGGAGUUCCUCCUGCACACGAGUGUUAGGAUGCAUGGAAUCAAGAAGGACCCUCCUUAAAUAACAAUAAUAGUAAUAAUAGUUUUCUGAUUAUUUGCCAUGAGAAAAUGGUUGCCCACAUGAUCUGCCUGUGCAGAGACUCACCUUCAGUGUUUCCUGCUGUAUUUGCUGGCGAUGGGGCAGGAACCAGUUGCCCUAACAGGUUCCAAAUGCUGGCAGGAAGCUCAGCAUCCCCACAUCACCAAAUCUGCCAUCCUUCUGUCACUCGAGGCUGAGGCUCAGGGAUGUCUCCACAUGCAGCCACCAUCCCUUCCAGAGCAGGGCAGAAUCAAUGCCACUGCCACAGCCACCUCUUUGAGGAAGGUCUUCUACCUCCAGUGACAGCGGUACAGGAGCCAUAGUAAAAAAUGAACAACUCUCAAGCCAGUAACACUCCACCUUCACCUCCUGCUGCAACCUGAACUGCAGGUUGAAUGGUAACCACAAUGAUGGUGCUUCAAAACCUGGGUUCAGCUCGCAGCUCAGCUGUGCUGCUUGUUCCUGCCGUGAUCCAAAAGGGAUGGGGACUGGCUCAUCCCAGGCAUGUGGGUGAGCACAGCAAGAUCAGAGAAUCAUAGAACCAUUAAGACUGGAAAAGACUACUAAGAUCAUGCAGACCAACCCACCCACACCAUCUAUGCUCACUAAACCACAUUACUCAGUGCCACAUCUCCAUGCUUCUUGAACACCUCUAGCAAUGGUAACCCCACCACCACCCUGGGCAGCCUGUUCCAAUGCCUCACCACUCUUUCUGAGAAGAUUUUCAUAAUAUCCAACCCGAACCUCCCCAGGCACAACAUAAGGCCAUUACCUCUCAUCACUGUUACCUGGAAGGCUGACCCCCAUGUCGCUACAACCUCCUUUCAGGGAGUACUAGAGAGAAAUAAGGUCUCCCCCGAGCCUCCUCUUCUUCAGAAUAAACAAUCCCAUAAGACUUGUGCUUCAGCCUCCUAACCAGCCUUGUUGCCUUUCUUUGGAUAAGCUCCAGGGUCUCCAUGUCUUCCUUGUAGUGAGGGGCCCAAAACUGAACACAGUACUCAAGAUGCAGCCUCACUGGUGCCAAAUACAGAGGGACGAUCACCUACCUGCUCCUGCUGCCUGCACUAUUUCUGAUGCAAACCAGGAUGCCGUUGGCCUGCUGGGCCACCUGGGCACACUGCUGGCUCAUGUUAGUGGAGCAUCAACCAGCACCUCCAGAUCCUCUUCCUCCACACAGCUUUCCAGCCACUCUGCCCCAAGCCUGUAGCAAUGCAUGGGGUGGCUGUGACCAAAGUGCAGGACCCAGCACUUGGUCUUGUUGGAGUGCAUCCCAUUGGUCUCAGCCCAUCAAUCCAGCCUAUGCAGAUCCCUCUGUAUGGCCUUCCUACCCUCAGGCAGAUCGACACUCCCUCCUAACCUGGUUUAAUCUGCCAACUUACUGAAGAUGAACUCUUAUCUCCUCAUCAUCAAUAAAAGUAUUAAACAGGAUUGGCCCCAGUACUGGGCACACCAUCAGUGAACCUCAGCCCAGCUUGUUUGUGCAAGGGUGGCCAGAGGAUGCUAAAUAGAAUGCCUGGGUUCCUGGUGUUGGGAGAAAAAGUGUUUUCUCAGUUUGGCCCAAUAGCACUGCAAAACAAAGAUGAGAUUGAUGCUCCGUUGCUCUCAGCUCAGCAGCCAUGCUGUCUCCGGGAUGCGAAGGGUUAAGAGCUGCAAAACCCAAAGAACUUCCUCCUUUCGGCAACGCCUGCCUCCAAAUGACGCCGGUUUCUGCCCUGCUUUGCCCAAAUAUGUCCUUUUCCUUCUGAAGAAAAAGAGAAAAGAGAGGAAGAAGGAAGAUAAAAUUAAGACACGGAGCUGGACCUUGCCACCGAUAGCGCAGCCCUGCAUCCCGCCCACCCAUGCCGUUCCGCAAAGAUUCCACACUGUCCCCCAGCAUCUGGCUUCAUGACAGCAGUACUCUUUGAGAAGCCCAGUGGUUGCCAUGGCGAUGCUGAGGUUGUCCCUGUUACAUCACAAGGUGGCCGCGGAGCAGCGCAAAAAGACCUUUGUUUUAACCAUGCCCAUGGAGCUGACGCAGAGCCGCAUCCAGAAGAUCUGGCUGCCCAAUGACAACCGCCCGGCGCUGCCCCGCCGCUCCUGUGGGCCACAGCUUGCCAAUUCCCCCACUGUGAUAGUGAUGGUUGGCCUCCCAGCCCGGGGGAAGACUUACAUCUCCAAGAAGCUGACUCGCUAUCUCAACUGGAUCGGUGUCCCAACAAAAGUUUUCAAUGUGGGGGAGUAUCGCCGUGAGGCAGUGAAGCAUUACAGCUCCUAUGACUUCUUUCGCCCCGACAACGAAGAGGCUAUGAAAGUCAGGAGGCAGUGUGCUCUGGCUGCCCUGAGGGAUGUCAAGCUGUACCUGACAGAGGAGGCUGGUCAGAUUGCGGUUUUUGAUGCCACAAAUACCACACGGGAGAGGAGAGGGAUGAUCCUAAAUUUUGCCAAAGAAAAUGGGUUCAAGGUGUUCUUCAUUGAAUCUGUCUGCAACGAUCCCAAUGUUGUUGCCACCAAUGUCAUGGAAGUAAAACUGUCCAGUCCUGAUUACCGGGACUGUAAUUCGACCGAUGCCAUGGAGGACUUCAUGAAGAGAAUCAAUUGUUACCAGGCCAGCUACCAGCCACUUGACCCUGAUGACUAUGACCGGGAGCUUUCUCUCAUCAAAGUCAUCGAUGUUGGCCGGCGGUUCCUGGUCAACAGGGUUCAGGAUCACAUCCAAAGCAGGAUUGUUUACUACCUAAUGAACAUCCAUGUCCAGCCCCGCACCAUUUAUCUUUGUCGGCACGGUGAGAGCGAGUUCAACCUCAAGGGGAAGAUUGGAGGUGACUCAGGCCUCUCCAAUAGGGGCAAGAAGUUUGCACUGGCACUGAACAAGUUUGUUGAGGAGCAGAACCUGAAGGACCUCAAAGUCUGGACCAGCCAACUGAAGAGAACAAUCCAAACAGCAGAAGCACUCCAUCUGCCCUAUGAGCAGUGGAAGGCCCUCAAUGAAAUAGAUGCUGGUGUGUGUGAAGAAAUGACUUAUGAAGAAAUCAGGGACCAGCAUCCAGAGGAAUUUGCUUUACGUGAUCAGGAUAAAUAUUACUACCGCUAUCCUUCUGGAGAGUCCUACCAAGACCUGGUGCAGCGCCUGGAGCCAGUCAUCAUGGAGCUGGAGAGACAAGAGAAUGUCCUUGUGAUCUGUCACCAGGCUGUCAUGCGCUGUCUCCUUGCUUACUUCUUGGACAAGAGUGCAGAUGAAAUGCCCUACCUGAAAUGUCCUCUUCACACGGUAUUGAAGUUGACCCCAGUGGCUUAUGGCUGCCGUGUGGAAUCCAUCUCCCUGAAUAUUGAAGCUGUUAACACUCACAGGGAGCGGCCAGAGGAAGCAAAGAAGGGACCUAACCCGCUCAUGAGACGUAAUAGCGUUACCCCUCUAGCAAGCCCAGAGCCCAUCAAAAAGCCUCGCAUCAACAGCUUUGAGGAGCAUGUGGCUGUUUCUUCUGCCCUGCCAGGCUGUGUUCCUCAGGAAGUGCCCACGCAGCUGCCGGGACAACCUUUACUAGGAAAGGCAUGCCUACGACCUGUUUGUCACUUUCUCAAAGUUUUCUCUUUACUAAUAUUUCCAAGAACAUGAACAACUCGCAGAAGCCAUCGUGAGUCCCUUAGUGCUGUCGCGAGGCCACCACCAGCGACGCCAGCUCCCAUCCCAUCGUCAUUUCUGAAGCUUGCUUAUAAAACGGGUCUCCUCCGUUUGUGGCGAGGUCGACCCUCGGCUGUUUCUACCCACGCCUGUUCAUCUGCAAACUGCUCUGCUGGACUGGGGAGAGAGGUGGAAGAGCGAUGGAGAGGAGGGAGACGAGCUCCCAGGUCUUCAGGCUGCAGCAUUGCUCUCCACUCCGGUGUCCUGCUAGUGUGUAGCAAGCUGGGAAGCGCUUCUAGCGCACAGGAGUUUCCAAGUUCUAAUUCUUCCUUCUCUAAGUGGUUUUGAGCUCUUUUUGUAUAGACUAAUGGUACCCAUCCAUCUCUGGGUGGAGUGUGUGUAUAUAUGUGAAUGGUGCGGGGUUAGCAGAGUAAUGGGGACAAGAAGGGAGGGGGGGAACAAAGGGGAAUUUUGGUUUUUUUUUUCCUAUUAUUAUAAUUAUUAUUAUUAUUUUAUAAGUAUUACUAAUUUUUUUGCAAGAAAGCCCUUAAUGUGCUGUGCUGCAGUCCCGCACCAGCUACAGCCUGCCACGUGCACAGCCCAGCUCAUUGAGAUACAUGAAAACUGCUGGUUUUAGCAAAAAAUAAUAAUAAUAAUUAAUAAUAGUAAAACCUUAAUGUUAAUUCAUGCAUCUCAAAGGGGGGGGGGGGUGCAGAGGAUAUCGGUCUGCUGCUGUGAAGCUGGAUAUGAGCUGCUCGUAAUAUUGAGGGGAACCACACUGCUGUUGGCUCCUGGGGAUGCUCUGCAUUGGAAGAAUGAGGAGAUGGGGUGGUUGGGUCUCUGCAUCACUGCAGGCCGUAGGUGGGCAGCUGCACUGGGUGCGUUUUGCAGACACACAGGUGUCUUGGCCAGGAUGCAGGAAGGGUGUUGACAAAAGGUCUCGAGAAGAGAAUUUUUUUUGUUGCUGUUCUUUUUCUUUAAUAUAUAUAUAUACAUGCACACAGAUGUGUGUGUGUGGGUAUAUGUUUAUACUUAGAAACCGCUUGGUUUUUGCACUUUAUUUGUGGCAGGAGUGUGACUUUUUUUUUUAACCUGUGCCUCUUAACAGGGGAAGCUUGAAUGCAGGCAAUGUUUUUUAAAUUUUUUUUGUGUGCUGGGAAGCUGGGACUGCAUGAAAGCAGUCACUAUGGCUUCCAAGGGGUGUGUGUGUGCGUGUGCGUGCAGGGGGCAAUGGACGUGGUCCUGGCUUGGGCUCCACUGGCCAACUCCUGGAGGUUGGGGAUGAGAGCCUUUUGAUGCAGGCUGUGAGCCAGCAGUUGACCAUGGCAAUUAACCACUACUGCGUUGUGCAAAAAUCUCUGGUUUUCCCCCCAACCCCCCUCCUGUGUUCAGCAUCGAUCCGUUCCCAUUUUUUUUUUCCCCUUCCACAGCUGAACUGGAGUUAGGAGGCCAAGUCAUCAGGGUUCUCCUCCAACACUGGAGGGUUGGAGAUGGCCAACCUUUUGAUUUAAUCCUUUUUAUGGCUUCCUCCUCUCCCCUGGGUAGGAAACAACAUGCCUGCACGUGGGAGUGGAGAGGUUUGUGGGGAAAGAGUGUUGGUUUUUUUUUUCCUGUUGUUAUGAAGUUUUUUUUGUGGUUUUUUUUAUUACUAUUUUAUUUUGGUUUUUGGGGGGGUUGGUCCCUUUGUCCUGUGAGAAAAGGUGAACCACAGUGCCUAGUGCUUCAGUCCCAUGCAACAAAACCACAUUGCAUGGGCUCGGAGCAGUACUGACAGCAGGGAAGGCUCAGGGACUACAGCAGUCCCUAUCCAACCAUCCCGGUGGUGUCCUGUAUGAGCGUGUCCAUAUGUGUAUAUUGUACAGAUGAAACAAAAACACUUAUUUCCCCUUUUUGUUUGAACUUGUAAUAACUGCAUUAACGCAGACUUGUGCGCGUGCGGUUGACGUCAGCCCUUUUGGUUUCUCUGCCUUUGAGAAGGACAGACGUUGGAGAAGGUGACUUUGCUGCCUUCUUGGCCUGUUUCCUGGGGAGCUGAUCUGUCUCCUCCUGCUACCCAAAGAUAAGCCAGCACACUCAAACAUGAUGUCUGGCUGCCCGUGAUUAAUCCUCUAAACAUGAUGUUUGGUGUGUAUUUGAGUGCGUGUCUAUGCAUACAUACAUACAUAUAUAUAAAAAAAAGUCUGCAAGAAAAAAAUAAACCUGAACCUUAAACUUUAAUUUCUUCUCUGCAAAUAGAAGUCUUGGUCCUACAAAAAGAUGAAAUUUUGAAGUUGGUAGGCUUUUACUUUUAUUUUUCCCCCCUUCUUCAAGAGGGGAAGCUGGCCCAUGAGUAGCAAAAUGGUCCUCUCGUGCUGGGAGUGGGUGGCAGGAUGUCACCUCCAUCCCAUCCCAUCAUGCUUCCCAUUGUGUUUUGGCUGUACAACCAAAACCCAGGCAAUGAUGCUGCAGCCAUGAAGGGAGGGAAGGUGUGAAGAUGGAUUUGUUGAACCACACCAGUCAUUUUUUUUCCCCUUUUCCUUUAUUUUUUUUUUCUUUUUUUUUGUGAUACUUGAAUUUAUUUUUUUAUGAUUUUUUUUUAAAUAGCAAAGCGCUGUUUAUUUAUUUAAUGUAUACUGCAAAGCUUGGAGAGAAGGGUAGUUACUUGGGAUUUUUUUUUAUUUCUGCUGUUAACUGUUCUGUAUAUACAUCUGGAAUAAUUGCCUGAUAUCAAGCUGUGCCAGCUUAAACAGGGUCUGCCUUUCAGAAAUUUGUAUAUUUUGCAGUUGCUGGACCAAUAAAAUAACUUGUUGAAAUACA